UCUUCUUCUUCUUCUUUGCCAUUAACAAACACCUGAAAACUCAAAACCAUAGAGAUGAGAUAAGAGAGAAACCCAACAAACAAAAACAAAAAAAAAAUGGUGGGACUAAGUAUUGUUUUGGAGAUGAUGACUAACAACAACAACAACACAGUAAGUGACGGUGGCUGUUUAAUUAGUCCUAAAGUCAUCAACAAAGCCAACGUCAUAGUCUCCUCCUCCACGACUUAUCUCCGUCGUCAUUGUCAACAACAAGAUUCUGACUUUCUCCAACAUUGUUUCCUCUGUAGACGAAAACUCCUCCCAGCCAAAGACAUCUACAUGUAUAAAGGUGACAGAGCGUUCUGUAGCGUGGAGUGUAGAUCGAAGCAGAUGGUUACUGACGAAGAAGAUAGCUUGAGAAGAGACUACUGUUAUGUUAAUAAUACGAAUACGACGACGAAGACGACGAAGAAGAAUAAGAAAUCUGAUUCUCCGGUGACUGUGCCGUCGCGUUACAGUCGAGAUCCGAGUAACCAAAGAGGCGGUUUCGUUUACUGAUUGGAAAACAAAAAAAUUUGUGCGGUUUUGACUUUUUUACCCUUAGGUGAUUUUUUGUCGUUUUGUUAUUUAAGUGUAAUGGCUUAAGGGUGUUUUGGGUAUUUUCGUUAAAUCUAUGGGAGCGCACCUAGUAAAAUAUUUAAGUUUUAUCGCUUUACCUUUUUGGAGUGUACAUUAACGUGUGACAAUGUUAAUUUAAAAUGUUGAUGGAAGUAAGUUAGAGUAUAGUUUAA